UAGCCGGUGGUGGUCUCUGGCCGCCGGCGGGGCCAAUACAAGUCGGGAAACCGAGGCGUUCGGGGGAGGUGGGGGCCCUCAGGCGGACAAUCGCAACGAAGAGCUGGCGAAGCUGGAGAUCGCCGUGCUGGCAGUGACUUUCGUGGUGGCGGUGCUGGGCAACAGCAGCGUGCUGCUGGCGCUGUACCGCACGCCGCGCAAGAUGUCCCGCAUGCACCUGUUCAUCCGGCACCUCAGCCUGGCCGACCUGGCGGUCGCCUUCUUCCAGGUGCUGCCGCAGCUCGGCUGGGACAUCACCUUUCGCUUCCGCGGCCCGGACUGGCUGUGCCGCGUGGUGAAGCACCUGCAGGUGUUCGGCAUGUUCGCCUCCGCCUACAUGUUGGUAGUCAUGACAGCCGACCGCUACAUCGCGGUGUGCCACCCGCUCAAGACGCUGCAGCAGCCGGCGCGCCGCUCGCGCCUCAUGAUCGCGGCCGCGUGGGUGCUGAGCUUCGUGCUGAGCACGCCGCAGUACUUCAUCUUCUCCAUGGUCGAGGUGAACAAUGAAACCAAGACCCUCGACUGCUGGGCCACCUUCAUCCAGCCCUGGGGGCCCCGCGCCUACGUGACUUGGAUGACCGGGAGCAUCUUUGUGGCGCCCGUGGUCAUCCUGGGCACCUGCUACGGCUUCAUCUGCUACCACAUCUGGCGCAACGUGCGCGGAAAGACCCUGUCGCGCCAGAGAAAGGGCGCGGAGAGCGCGGGGGGCGCCUUGCACAGGGGAUUCAUGCUUGCGCCCUGCGUCAGCAGCGUGAAGACAAUUUCCCGCGCCAAGAUCCGCACGGUGAAGAUGACUUUCGUGAUCGUGACGGCUUACAUCGUCUGCUGGGCGCCCUUCUUCGUCGUCCAGAUGUGGUCCGUCUGGGAUGCGCAGUUCGUCUGGAUUGAAUCGGAAAACCCUUCCACGACUAUCACGGCGUUACUGGCUUCUUUGAACAGUUGCUGCAAUCCCUGGAUAUACAUGUUUUUUAGCGGCCAUCUCCUGCAAGACUGUGUUCAAAGCCUCCCGUGCUGCCAAAACAUGAAGCAAAAAUUCAACAAAGAAGAAACUGACAGUCUGAGCAGAAGACAGACUUCUUACUCAAACAAUAGAAGCCCAACAAACAGCAUGGGUACCUGGAAGGACUCACCUAAAUCUUCCAAGUCCGUCAAAUUCAUUCCUGUUUCAACCUGAGCCCUGCGUUCUUGCAGCUUGACUUUCAUAACUGAGUUUUCAGUCCAUUAGCUAAAUCCAUCUGGAAAUCACAAGAACAAAUGAACUGAUACGAGAUAAGCAUACAUCAAGUCAUUGGGUACAAGACUGUGUUUCUAGGGUAGUCGCAUCUUCACGUUGCCAUGAACAAAACUAUGAAUUAUUUUAUACAAAAUGUUAACAAAAACAUACUAUGGUAAAAUGUACAAGCCUCAUUGCCAGAAAUAUAAUAUACUAAGUUAUAUUUCUGAAGGUAAAAAAAUAACCAGUCUGGUUUUACA